GGCUCCAGAGAUCAUCCUGGGCUUGCCGCUCUCUGUUCCUGGGGUGGCCCCUGUACCCGGGGCCUCGGAGUACGACCAGAUCCGGUACAUCUCCCAGACCCAGGGCCUGCCUGCAGAAUACCUACUGAGUGCCGGCACCAAGACAAGCCGCUUCUUCAAGAGAGGACCUGACUCCAGCUACCCCGUCUGGAGAAUCAAGGCCCCUUCGGACCACGAGGCCGAGAUGGGCAUCAAGUCCAAGGAGGCUCGCAAAUACAUCUUCAACUGUCUGGACGACAUGAUGCAGGUUGGUUAAGCUAUGUGACGUCAUCCAGUAUGUCACGUUUAUGUUUAUAAACCCCAUUUUUACAUUUGACAAUUUAAAAAAAUGUUUUUAUUUAUUUUUUACUUAACCUUUAUUUAAUCAGGUUAGUCUCUUUGAGAUAUAAAAAAAUAUAUAUAUAUUUUCGCGAAAGUGGCUCAGCUUUUCGCUAGGUUAAUUUCCAUUAGCAACGUGUCCUUCAGAACUAACCUGCUACCGGGGCACGCUAACUCACGGCUAACUCCACUCACCCUGAAUGAAGUGUCUGAGCCGCGAGUUGAGGACCACAAUCCUGUUGGAAAGAUUGUCAUCCCCUUCAUUUUGAGGAAAGAUGAUCGAUUUUUACAUAUUUAAUUAAUCAAAUGUUUUUUGUUAGUUUUUUUUCGGUGUAAUUAAA